AUGCGCUUCAUCACUUCGUUGAAAGGCCAGUUCCGCUCGGACCCUCGGCCGUCCGAGCAAGCCGCCGACGAUAGCAUCACGGUUUCACGGACUGCCAACGACGUGGAGGCGGCUGGCAAGACAGAUGACGGAGUCGACAACCACGAUGCUGACGACAAGAUCAGGUCUUCCGAGCUGGUAGAGUCCGGAGUCGGCACGAUCGAAGCAGUACAGGCAAUAUGGGGAAAGAAGGGAAGAUGGCUCGUUAUCACCGGGUUGGCUCUCAUUAUGAUUGUGUACGAAUUCGACAACACCACUGUUGCUAUCUACAAUAACUAUGCGACAUCAUCUUUUUCGGCACUCUCCAAGUUGGCAACACUCGGCACAGCUAAUGGUAUCGUCUUCGCCGUCAUCAAGCCGCCAGUGGCAAAGAUAUCCAAUGUUAUUGGCAGAGGACAGACGUACAUCAUGACGAUUUCGUUCUAUGUGCUGGGCUACAUUUUGAUGGCUUCCUCUCAUGGCUUCGACUCUUACGCCGCUGGGGCCAUUUUCUACACUGUUGGUCAGUCCGGGACUAACAUAAUGAAUGACAUUGUCAUCGCCGACAUCACUACGGCAAGGUGGCGUGGCUUUGCCAUCAGCUUUUCGUUCUUCCCCUUCUUGAUUACUCCGUGGGCAGCAGCAUUCAUCAUCGAAGACGUGGUUAGGCCCGGUGGCAUUGGCUGGCGCUGGGGAAUUGGCAUGUUUGCAAUUCUCAUGCCCAUCGGCGGCGCAUUCAUUAUCUCAACUCUGCUCUACUUCCAGCGGAAGGCAAAGCAGGAAGGCUUGACGCCAUCUCAGAAGAUGACAUUGUACAGCUUCUGUUCUCAGAUUGACCUUGGCGGCUCAGCUUUGCUGUCUGCGGGUAUCUCCAUGGUCCUACUGCCGCUGACACUCGCUGCUGGAAGCGCAAGUGCUUGGCAAACCCCAUACAUCAUUGCACUUAUCAUCCUGGGCGGCCUCAUUCUCAUUCUGCUACCAAUGUACGAGAAGUUCCUGGCCAAGCAUCCGAUUAUGCCAGGGCAUUACUUCCGUAACAGAACAAUUGUUUUGUGUCUUUUUCUCAUCGCUAGCGACUCCAUCGGAUUCUCUUGCACUCAUACCUAUCUUUACUCUUGGUCCACAGUUGCCCGCGGUUUCUCCGCGCGGGAUGCGACAUUCUUUCAGUACACUAAUGGCGUCAUGCAAUGUGUCAUGGGCAUCAUAGCCGGUCUGGCCAUGGCCUACACCAGGCGGUACAAGUGGCUUCUCAUUUCGGCCGCAGUCAUUCGUAUGAUCGGGUACGGUGUCAUGAUUCGCCUAAGAGGUGCAGACAACUCGGUUGCGGAGCUUUUCAUCGUCCAAAUCAUUCAAGGUCUAGGCUCUGGCAUCAUGCAACUAUCGGUCUUAGUUCCUGCCCAGGUCGUCGUUCCUCACCGUGAGAUGCCGCAGAUCACCGCUCUGGUCAUCUGCUUCUCCAUUAUUGGAGGCAGUAUUGGUGCGUGCAUUGCUGGGGGCAUCUACACGAAUACGUUCAAGCCGGCUUUGUACAGGUAUCUCGGCAACGGGGCCCCAGGACAGCUUGUCGAUUCGCUCUUCGAUUCGAUUGUUGGAACUGCGCCUGCGUGGGGCACUCCUGAGAGGACUGCGAUCAAUCAUGCCUUUUCCGAUGUUAUGAGAUAUAUGGUAUAUACAGCUGUUGGGGCUUCGGCGCCAGCGCUCGUCUUGUCCUGGUUCUUGCCCGACUUCGAGCUACCGGACCGAAAUAAUCUGGUAGAAGAGUAA